ACACACCCUGCACAGGUAUCAUCACAGAUCUGCUAUCACUUGUCUGCUGUACUCGCUGCACUCUAUCGCUUCUGCUGUCCCGCGGCGAUCUCACCCUCCUCGCCUGGCCUCUUCUGGACUGUCUGUGCAGAGACUAUGGCCACCACGGUGCUGACCAUGAGUACAAGGCUGGGGCGCUUGGACGAACCUGUCUUCACGCAGCUCAAACCUGUUGUUGGCAAUGGAGGGCAGCAGCACACAAGAGGGGACCCCUCUGCCGGGGGAGCCGUGUUUGUGGAGGACAUGAAAAGCUCCAGGUUGUUGCCCGAUGACAUGGCACAGACUAGAUAUGAAAUGGAUAAGUAUCUGACACCUCAUCAAGUUCCAGUUUGCAUGAUACCAGAUCAAAAGAAAUACAGGAGGGACAGUGCAUCGGGUAUUGAUCAGUUCUUCAGUGACAGUGAUGGACUUCCUUACAGUAUCAACAUGAACGUCUUCCUCCCAGACAUCACUCAUCUCAGAACAAACUUGUACAAGGCUCAGAGGCCUCCAGUCACCCACAUUAAGACGGAACGAGAACCCAUUGCAGUGUUCAGUCAGCAGAGCGAUGCUGCGGCCACACAACCUCUUCCAGAAUUCACCAGCAUAUUCAGCAACCACCAGAACACAGAUCUAAAUAACAUUUACAUCAAACAAGAGAUGCCAUCACCGGAAAUCCAGAUUCCUGUAAGCCACCAGCACGGUCAGCUGUACCAGUUGUUAAGUUCCUCAGAUAUGGACCUGAGCUCCACAAACCAGGCACCAGUCAUGGACACUAUGGGCAAUGGUUCCUUGUCUUCGGAAUUAACUGGCUUCAACACACUUCCCACCCCCGUAACUCAGACUGCAAUGAAGCAAUUUCAGGGCAUUCCCCAGUGUUCAUAUAAUUUGCAUGGACAGUUCAUGCAACAGCAAGAAGGGACCUACUUCCCACCUUCACCCCCCAGCUCAGAGCCUGGUAGCCCAGAUAGGCAAGCAGAACUGCUCCAUAGCCUCAACCCACCUCCGUCAUAUGCAGCCACCAUUGCUUCCAAGAUGGUCAUUCACAACCCGACCUUAUCUUCUCCAGUGCAAAUGGCACCAGCUACCAUUCACUCUGUUCGUUACAACCGAAGAAACAAUCCAGACUUGGAGAAAAGACGAAUCCACUAUUGUGAUUAUCCCGGCUGCACAAAGGUGUAUACAAAGUCAUCCCAUUUGAAAGCUCACCUGAGAACACAUACUGGAGAGAAGCCGUACAAGUGUACGUGGGAAGGCUGCGACUGGAGAUUUGCCCGCUCAGAUGAACUGACGCGUCACUACAGAAAACACACGGGAGCGAAGCCCUUUCAGUGUGCAGUUUGCAACCGAAGCUUCUCCCGCUCUGAUCACUUAGCCCUACACAUGAAGAGACAUCAGAACUAGAAUGGAUCCUGUCCAAGGCUCUUCUUCGCUAUGCAAUCUUCUCCCCACUGCCUCAUUGCUGAAACACUAUGCAGACUGUAGUAACUGCCCAUUAGGGUAGUUGCUGCUUAAAAACAUGUUAUCCCAGUUGUCAGACGGACUUACGGGAAGGUGGGGUGGGAAGAGGAACUGGAACAUAAUAAUAGAACAUGCUUUUCUCUUUAUUUAUAACUCCGUAUUAAAAUACAAAGCGAUCAACCAGUCAGAGAAUGUUUUGCUACAACUGUUCUGUUUUUCUUUUGCAGUAUACGGCAGUUGGCAGGUUUCAUCUCAAUUCAGCGUAUUUACAUCUCAACACACAAGGGUUUUUAAGGUUGUUUAGUGAUGUUUUGACCAAAGCACUGUCUUUACUGUUACU